AUGAAAACAGAACGUACAAAAGUAGUGAUUCGAUCUAAUGAAUCUAGAGAUCAUUUACUUGAAGCGUUUGUUGACAAACAUGAGAUAACCAUGAUUGCUUUACCUGAACAAGACAUUACUCAUGCUCUUUGGAUACCUGAUCUCUCAAUAGACUCUUUACAAAAUUGGAAUAAAGUAGAUAUCAAGCUUGUCAUCAUCACCGACCGUCGACCCCAUUCACUCUCCCGACUGUUACAAUCGGCACUAAGAUCCGUCUAUUUUGGAGAUCGAGUGGACCUGAAUGUGCAUAUGGAACAAUCAGCCGAUCGUGUGACCCGAAUGUUGGUGAACAGCUUCAUGUGGAAACAAGGCACCAAACAGAUCCGACACCGUAUCAAAAAGGGCGGUCUGAUGCCUGCGAUUGUCGAAUCAUGGUAUCCUAGUCAUGACGAUGAGUAUGCCGUACUGCUCGAAGACGAUAUCGAGGUUUCACCUUAUUUUUAUGCGUGGUCAAAGUAUGCCAUCCUCAAAUACCGAUAUGGUCGAGACCGUGAGGCGUAUCGCUUGAUGUACGGCGUCAGUCUGUACGCACCGCGCAAUUUAGAAUUAUUGCCUGCUGGCCGAGUCACCUUUGAUCCGAACUCGGUUCUCUUGCCGCGAUACCCGCCUCAGAUGCCUUAUCUGAGUCAAGUGCCCUGUAGUUGGGGCGCGGUCUACUUCCCGGAACACUGGCGAGAGUUCCACGGAUAUUUGGUCAGACGACUUGAGGACUUGAAUUUGCCAAAGAACAGUACGGCUCGUGUGAUCAGUGUACCGGGCAGCCGUUCUGAUAAAUGGAAAAAGUCAUGGAAGAAGUACUUUAUUGAACUUGUCUAUCUGCGCGCCUAUGUCAUGCUCUAUCCUAACUUUCAUCAGUUUGAAGCCUUUUCGACGAACCAUGUUGAGGUGGGUACGCAUUUCAAGUCGGACGGCAAACGACAGUCAGUCAUCGGUACCUUCAUGGUCCCUCUCAUGCAACGAGACACGAUCCUGUCUCAGCUACCGGACCACCGUCUGCCAUUUUUUGAAGAACUGCCCGUACUCGACCUUUGGGGCCGUCUCCAGACCCACGAAAGCUUGGACCGUGUUGCGGCAGAAUACCAUGAGCAUGUGUCCACAUGCACUCGAACCAUUGGAUCGUUUGAUCCCAAAGAUAUCUUUUGCCGUGUGGAUGGGCCCCCAGAUCCUCCUCAGGUCUUUCCGGGCACAGCCAAGAAGCCCAAACUGCCAGUGCUCGUGAAAGAAGCGGUUCAGCCGAUUGAAUAUAACUACAAGCCGACGCAUACCGAGGAAGAAGCCGAACGUGGAAGAACGCUCCUGUUUGAACUCGGUCCAAAACCGAUCGAUGUAGCUCAGUUGACCCCCGGAGAAGACAAGUCGGUGGGUCGCGAUGAUGAAAUGGUUGACUUGGAAAAUGAUUUGGAUACCUUGAACAGAAUUUAUUACAAGAUGAAUCCUCAGAACCUUGACUUUUUGAAUGAUGAACAGGAACAAAUGGAAGAAGAAGAAGAAGAAGAAGGCUUUGAUGAUCAAGAUGAAAUAGAAGAUGAUUUGCAGAUUGUUGAAGAAUAA